AUGGGGAGGCAACCUUGUUGCGAGAAGGAUGGACUGAAGAGAGGUCCAUGGACUAUUGAAGAAGACCAUAAGCUGAUGAGAUUUAUUCUUAACAAUGGCAUACAAUGCUGGAGAACUGUCCCACAACUUGCAGGUUUGAUGAGAUGUGGAAAAAGCUGCAGGCUGAGAUGGAUUAAUUAUCUGCGACCAGACCUCAAGAGAGGAGCUCUGACAGAAUCCGAAGAAGACAUGAUCAUCAACCUUCAUUCGUGCUUAGGUAACAGGUGGUCGAAGAUAGCAGCACAUUUCCCUGGCCGUACAGAUAAUGAAAUCAAGAAUCACUGGAACACCAGAAUCAAGAAAAAACUAAAACUUCUCGGUGUAGAUCCCUUGACACACAAACCACUUAAUAACCAUAACAACUGUAACAGCGCAAGUGAAGUACUUAAUCAAUCUUGUUCUUCGACAGAAGAGGGCAACACGGGCAUUAACUUACAAAAUACUAUAGUGUUUAAUCAGUUUCCGUAUAGCCAAGGGACACAAAAUUCUAGCUUUGGUAUCCCAGAUAUAAGAAUUGCAGAUACCAGUAAGAUACCUACAAGUUUGGACGGGGGGUCAGUCUAUUCUGAGAGAACAGAUUUUGGUAAUACGUUCUACAGGGGCAACGAUGAGCUCCAGUCUGCAGACUAUCUACGACAAUGGAUUAGCAAUCCAGGGUCAUGGGGUGGCUAUAAUCAUUUUGGCCAGGGAUUCCUGUCCUGAUGAAAUGUCUACUGCACUAAUUUGCAUCUCCGCGUUUCUUCUAAAUGUAAAAUCCCCUGAUGUUACAUUGUAGACUUGAAAGACAGUAUCGAGGUGGGGAAGUUUCUAUCUCCGCGAUCCUGUUCUUAGCAAUGAUGUUUACAAAAUAAAAAUACGAAGUUGAUAUAUGUACUGAGCUUACUUCUUCAGAAUUCAGAGCUGAUCUCAAUUUACAAGCAUGAUUUUUAUAGCAAUUGUUUCUAUAA